AUAUUUUCAAUAAUAAUUAAUCUAAAUAACCAUUCUUGUCUGAUUGAUAUUUGAAUAUCGCAUAUUUAUCACUGUUUUUUUUUGUUACCAUAAAAAAAUCAACAAUACUAAUAAUGGAUUUGCCCGAAAUAUUGAAAACAAGUAGCGAUGAUUUAGACUUAUUAGAUUCGGAAUUUCAACGUCUUGAUUAUGCGAAUCGUGCUUAUUUCAAAAGUCUAAAUGAAAUGCUUAAAAAUCAAAAUGAUUGCUUCAAAGAGAUUAAACAUCAAAAAUAUCGUCUUUCACAGAUUAAUGAUCAAUUAAAAAGAUAUAAAUCCUAUGCCAAUGAUAAUGAGGAAUUGUCCAAAAUAUUCAAACGUAUCGAACAAAAAACCAAUCAAGUUAAAGAGAUUGAAGAUACGCUGCCAAAAUCUAAUGGAUUUUAUCUGAAUCUUGUACUUGGUUCAAUAAAUGUUAAUCUUCUAGAUCGUCGACAACAAUUUGAUUAUAAAGAACAAUAUGAACGUUUUAAGUUAUCAGUUACAUCUGUCUUGUUAAUCACCAGUUUCAUUAACAUUUUUGCCGAAUUCAGGGCUUUAGAUUCGCUUCUGCAUUUCAUGUUGGUCUGGUAUCAUUGUACAUUAACCAUUCGUGAAAGCAUUUUGGUUGUGAACGGUUCUCGUAUUAAAGGUUGGUGGCGAGUUAUCCAUUUUCUUACAUCGAUAACAACUGGCGUUUUGGUUGUAUGGCCAGAUGGUUACAGUUAUAAAAAAUUUCGUCUUCAAUUCUUAACAUAUAUCUGUUACACUAGUUUUCUACAAUUUCUGCAAUAUUAUUACCAAUAUGGUUGUCUUUAUCGACUUCGAGCAUUAGGUGAACGUUAUUCUAUGGAUAUUACCAUACAUGGAUUUCAUUCAUGGAUGUGGAAAGGUUUAAGUUUUCUUCUACCAUUCUUAUUCAUUGGUUAUUGUCUUCAAUUUUAUAUAUUUUAUACAUUAUAUCACAUGUUCAUGUAUGAUCCUGAAUGUACUGAAUGGCAAGUACCUGUUGUAUGUUUCAUGUAUCUGGUCAUUUCAUUGGGUAAUCUUGCUACAACCGGUUUGGUUGUUUAUCAAAAAAUCAAAAACAAAAACUUAAUCACACCGAUUAAGCGGAUUACCCGUAAGAUUAGCCGGGCUGUUUUAACAAAAGAGCAAUAAUUUGUUGUUAUAAUUAAUAUAUUUCCAAAUCAUUAAUGAUGGCCAUUUACAAUUAUUUAUUAAUUU